AGGAACCCAAAAGCUGCCUAAUAAGACUGAACCAAGACAACCAGAAAAGCCAAACGUAGAGCAUAAUACAUUUCAGUUCCAGGGCAUUGAGAGCUGAAGAUGAAUGAUUUACCAAUAAUGAGACGGAUUACAUUGCUGGUUGCAAUCCUGGUCAUAUACUGCGUUAUAGGGAAUUGUGAAGUCGGCACAAAACACAAUGAAUGCAGUACAGGAGUCCCAGGUAUCCCAGGAACACCAGGACUGAAUGGUCAGCAUGGACUUCCAGGAAGAGAUGGUAAAGAUGGGGAGCCAGGACCAAAAGGUGACCCAGGUAAAUCUGGAGAAAAUGGUCCACAAGGUCCACCUGGUCCUCAUGGUAAAACAGGUCCUCCAGGAUCUGCUGGGUCUCCAGGUCUUCAAGGUCAACCAGGCUUACCAGGAACACCAUCAAUGACCAGGAAAACCUAUGCAUUUCACGUUGGACUGUCAUCUUCUUAUCCGUCUACCGAUGGCCCAAUUAAAUUUGAAAAAGUUUUUUACAAUGAGCAAAGUAUUUAUAAGACAGAAAGUGGAAAGUUCAUUGCUCCAGUAGACGGUCUUUAUUUCCUGUCAUACCAAAUUACAGUCUAUUAUAAAAAUGUACAAAUUAACUUACAACAUAAUGGUAAUAUUGUGCAGUACAUGUAUCAUGUGUACGAUGGGUCCAAUACUAACCAAGCCUCUGGAGCCUCAAUUCUAAAGCUGAAACAGAAUGAGGAGGUUUGGCUGCAGGUUGUAGGAAGCAACAAUGGUCUUUAUGCUGAUAGUGAUGACGACACUACAUUCUCAGGCUUUCUGAUUUCAUGAAACCAGAUCAAACUUCUUUACAAUAAAAAUUCAAUAUAAUAAUGGCAUCAAACACAUCAAAUUGAACUACCACAAACAUAAAAGGGCUCAACUAAAGAUUUAAAUAUAAAAGUAAUUUUGUUGCAUAAAAA